AUGGGCACUAUCCUAUCCCUGUCCCCCGGCUUUCGGAAGUCAGGCUACUAUGACAACCGUCCGGGCUCGCUCAGCCACUACCCGAGCAUCAGCAGCCGCUCCCUCAACAGCCAGAAGCGCGGGCUGAAGAGGGGGCAGUCCAUCUUCCUCCCGGCGCUGACAUGGAAGCGACUAGUGGCUUCAACCAAGAAGAAGGGUAACUCCAAGAAAGGCUCCGGUGGUCAAAUGGCCCUCGGGGACCCUCUCAACAACAACAUCAACAUCUACCAAAAGGACCCCUUGUUGCACCUCAACCGCGAAAUGUGAAGAAGAAGUCGUUCUCCUUGUGCCAACCUGUCCAGCUACGAGGGCCCAGCAGGUCUGGGGCUCGGCUACGGGCAUGGGGCUGGGCCAGGGCCACGGAUACGGGCUACAGCAAAUCACAACUGCUUCUCCUCUGUGAAAAAAAGUUCCCCAAGGGACGUGACGUCGUCCCCAAAGCGCGUCAUCGUCCAGGCGUCCACCAGCGAGCUGCUGCGCUGCCUGGGGGAGUUUCCUGUGCUGUCGCUGCUACGGCUGAAGCUCCUGGCCCCCGGACCGGUGCUGUGGCUGCGGGACGUGGACCGCUCGCUGCUGCUGCAGGGCUGGCAGACCAGGCCUUCGUCACGCCCCGCCAACGUGGUCUUCGUCUACAUGACUGUUGUCGAAGAUGUGGUGGGAGCGACGUUUGUGUCGUCGGAGCACGAGCUGCAGGCCAUCCUGCUCACCUGCCUCUACCUGUCCUACUCCUACAUGGGCAACGAGAUCUCGUACCCGCUCAAGCCCCUUCCUGGUGGAGGCGGUAAGGAGGCCUUCUGGGACCGCUGCCUCGCCAUCAUCAAUGCAACCAGCGCCAAGAUGCUGCGCAUCAACGCGGACCCGCACUAUUUCACACAAGUAUUGCUGAACUCAAGAGUGAGGGCGGCUGCGGCCCUCAGGGACUAUAGUCGGUUGCUGGAGCGGUGAGAAGAACUUUGGCUGAUCACAUGCCUUUUUUUACACUCAUGCAGAUGUAUACUUGCACACUGAAAGCAUACAUUUGGCCUCAUCGGAUUCCUUUUCUUCUUCUGCUGGAGGAAUGUCGGCACCUAUCUGUAAUAAAUGUAAUGAUUCAAUCUCUGUUCUCCCUUGCAUCUUCAACAAAAAGGAAUUAUAAACAUUAUCCCCAAGAUAAUUGGCAUUAAAAGAAGCUCACAGUGUUUUGCUUUCUUUUCCUUGUCCUGGAAUAUCACCCUGAGUUUACUUGAAUUGAAGAACCCAUUUGGCCCAUCUGUCCCGUACGUGGUCCCAGCAUGCUCCUAUGGAUCUGCACAACCAGCCCUCCUAUCCUCUAUGAACUUCUCUGAAUGUGCUCAAUCAGUGCUUAGGACAAUAGGAUGCCACUCAUUCCCUCCACCAUGGUAUCAUCAAGGAUUCAUCAAGGAUUCUUCACAGUGCAUUAUAAACAUCGGCGUGGAUUCACAGAAGAAUAAAACGGACAAUAUAAUCCUCCGAGGCCAAGUUUUUUCAUUUCCAGGGGCAACAAGAGGAGACAUGUUGACAUCCGCUGCUGGCUAAGCCCCAUGUGGCAGCAGUGAGAAGUGAGUCAGAGUGACGGGGACAGCUAGAGGUCAUGUUAGGUCUGCUGUGUGGUCAGUAAAGUAGAGCGGAAGUCUUUGUGGAGCCUUUUGAGGGGCGUCUGGCUUGAGGGGACAUUUGCUGUUUUUUUUCUCGUUACUCAUUCGAGCCUGCAUCUGUGUUUCCAUUUUAUCUCAGGAGACUCUCCUGGUGGAAGCAUAAUUUUGAGAUGGAUGUUGUGUGAGUGUGUGUGUGCGUGCGUGUGUGUGUGUGGGGGGGGGUUGUCUAUGUUGGCAUUAUGCAGUGGACGGCAGCCAUGGUCAUCAGCUGUUCGCUCCAUCCUUUGUCCCCUGCAUUCUUGUUGACAGAGCACCCACAGGCUGUGGUAUUAAUGAGAUUAGCAGAUUACUGCAGACCCUCCCCUCCUCCACCUCUGCCACCUUCUUGUCCACUCGGCAGCCCUGCAGAGCUUCAGUGGCUAAUCCAGGCCAGGCUGGACCGUGCUGGACUGUAACACACAAACCAAACACUUUUACCUUGUUGUGUGCUCUCUAUUCACUUUAAGGUGCAUGGAUGAACGUUGCGUGACACACGUGUGCAGCUCAGGGUCCAGAGCAGAGGCACUGAAGCUCUCAGUUGAUUGGUGUUUUUAAGAGUUUUAUUGUGUCAGUCCCAUCCUCAUCCUCCUCAACAGUCCUGUUCUACCUCUCAAUCAACCAUUGGCAUUUUUGCUUCAUUGCCUUUAAUCUCAUCCCGUGUGAUUUCAUGUGUUUUCAGAGGUAGUCACAGGUGAGCCCAAGGUUUGGCAUAAUUGUUUCACUGAAUAAUAUAUGAAGAUACAAAAACAAAUGUUUGCUGGAUUUUGUGUCCCAAAAAUUCAAAAGUUGUUACGCAAAAUUAGUAGAUAGAGAAAUGGGGGAAAGCACAAAUUAACUGCACAUAUUUGCACCAGAUUGGUGUGACCAACGGUUACUAGUUUAACCAAAGAUUUUUUCCAAUGAAAAAGUGAAAUGUAACCCUUUAUUUACAAGAGAAAGGCUAUAUGAAAGAAAGUGGUUAUUUUCAGCUUGACUCCUUCUCUUUUUAUCCUCUUAAUGUAUCCUUUUGUUGUGUCCCCACCUCCAGUGUUGGAUACUCAACUCCCCAGCAGGAUGCUACUUGGUUAAGAAGCUGCUUCAACUCUAAUAUCAUGGUUGCUUGACCAGCUUUUACCAAGGCAUGGUGCCAACAAUAGCACAUGGCAAAGCCUUAAUCUUAUUGUGUUGGGGCGUCUGGAGCAGGGACGUGCACAGACAUUUGGAGGGGCUAUUGCUCUAAACUGGAAAAAGGGCCUCCCCCCGAUAAAAAACACAAGACCUUUUGAAAAUUGUAACUUGUUUUUAAUGUAAGAAACCAAACGAUUAUUACAUCAACUAAAUUGAACAGUAAUUCACAUCUCAUAACAAAAUAAUCUAAGGCGACUACUUGCAUUCGGUAACUUGAUUUUAAAAAUGAAAACCAGGGAAAUUUUUUUUUGCGGUCCAUAUCUCAUUAAAAUAUCUAAUGUUAGUAACUGUUAAAGAAAAACGGGGACAAUUCUGUUCUAAUGUAGUUUGACCAUAGUACCUGCUGUGCAGCCAUACUGAUAAAAUAGGGCCUCUAACUAAUUAGGGGUUAGGUAGGGGUAAGGUAUCUAAUUACUUAGUUAUUUAGUAUUCCAUAACUUAAUAGUAACAGAGAUGGUCGAAACUAAAGUGGUAGAGACAUGGCAGAAAUCCUACAAUGAAGCGGGACAUUGAACUGUUCACCCGUGAGAGGGCGAUCAAGAAAAGAGAGCGAGCAGCCUGUUGAGGGAGUUUACAGAUGAAGACACAGAAAACACAGAAGCACAAUAACAACAA